UGUGCAAGCGGGGCACGAGGGCCUCAGCGCAGCCCUAUUUAUAACCCCGAGCCAGGCGCCGGAGGCAGUUCGCUGACCCCCAGCCCGUCUCUCUGCCCUCCCAGGGUCCCUCCAGCCCCACCAUGUCCCAGGAAACCUUUGCCUUCACCUCCUCGGCCCUGCGCUCCCUGCGGCUCCAGCGGGAGCUGCUGGAGCUGGAGGAGCGCCGGCGGGCCCUGGUGCGGGAAUCGGCCACGCGCCGGUUCCUGCCAUCCAGCACCCGGCCGGUGCCUGCGCCCGCCCGGCGCCCCCAGCGCUGCCGCGACCCCGCCGUCCACAACGCCCUCUACGCCGGCGACCUCCUGCGCGUCAAGAGCAUCUUCAAGGACGAGAGCACCGCUAACGCGAUCAUGGAGACGGUCAGCGAGGAGCUGGUGUGGGCGCCCGAGCUGGGCUGGCCGCGUCCUGCCCCGCUCGGCAGGGCUGUGGUGCUGAGCCCCCGGAAGAAGCACACGUCGCCGCUGCGCAUCGCGGCCGGCCGGGGCUACCGGGAGUGCGCCCGGCACCUCAUCGUGCGGGGGGCCGAGGUGGACGCCGUGGUGGGCGGCCGGGCGGCCCUGCACGACGCCGUGGCCGGCCCCCGCCUCGACUGCGCCCGCCUGCUCCUCGCCUUCGGCGCCGACCCCAACGUGCUCUCCGAGGAGGGGCUCGCCCCGCUCCACCUCUGCACCGACCCGGAGAGCCUGCCGUGCGCCGAGCUGCUGCUGGCCCACGGCGCCCGGGUGAACCUGAGCACGCGGGACCGGCACCUCACGGCCCUGCACGUGGCCGCCCGCCACGGGCUGGAGGCCCACGUGGAGCUGUACCUGCGGCACGGCGCCGACCCGGCGCGCCGGAGCCGCGAGGGCGAGACGGCGCUCAACGCCGCCUGCGCCGGGGCCGAGCGCCCCGAGGACGCCGAGCGUUACUACCGGGUGGCCGAACGGCUGCUGGCCGCCGGCGCCGACCCGCGGGCCGCCGGCAAGGACCACACGCCGCUGCACAACGCCUGCGGCAACGGGCAGCCGCGGCUGGUGCGCCUGCUGCUGCGGCACGGGGCUGCCGCCGGCGCGCCCAACGGCGCCGGCUACACGCCCAUGGACUGCGCCCUGCACGCCGUCGACGAGUACCGCCGCGAGCACCCCGAGCGCACCAUCGCCCUGCUGCUCGACCACGGCGCCGGCCCCGUCAACCCCAAGAUGCUCAAGUUCUGCUGCCGGUGCCCGCGGGCGCUGGAGGUGGUGCUCAACGCCUACGAGCGCGUGCCGCCCGCCGAGGCCUCGGAGGCCGUGCCGCUGGAGCUGUGGCAGGAGCACCGGGCUUUCUACGAGUCGGCGCUGCGCAUGGCCGCGCAGCCGCGGCGGCUGCAGCACCUGGCGCGCUGCGCCCUGCGGCGGCACCUGGGCGCCCGCUGCCACGCCGCCAUCCCCCGGCUGGCCCUGCCGCCCCUGCGCCGCUACCUCCAGCUGCCGCUCGAAGGGCUCAUCCGCUGAGCGACGCCACGCCACGCUCCCCCCCCAACCCCCCACCCCAAAUACGGCGCUGGCGGCCCCACCCGGCGAGCUCGCGGAUGGGG